UGGCUAAUGAAGGUGUCAAUCAUUAUGAAUGCCCAGCCUUAACGGUAGCAUGUUCACUCCUGCUGUAAACUCGGGAACUGCCUGAGAAUCUCUACAACCGGUUGCAGACUCCUUGACCCCCCCCCCCCCCAUCCUUGCUACUGAUCUCAGCACCACCAUCAUGUGUAACAAGACAUCAGUAGGAGAGAACCAACUACAGAGGAUUAUCAGAGAUCUACACGAAGCAGUGACUGAGCUGAGUAAGGAACACAGAGAGACGGGUGAACCAAUCACAGACGACAGCCCCAACCUGCAUAAACUGUCCUACAAACUAGAGUACCUGCUACAGUUUGACCAGAAGGAGAAGGCAGAUUUCCUAGGCAGCAGGAAGGAGUACUGGGAUUACUUCAGAGAGUGUCUUGCCAAGACCAGAGGAGUUAAUGACGGCCUGCGGUUUGUCAAGGCUAUACCAGAGUUAAAGACGUCCCUGGGUAAAGGUAGAGCGUUUCUCCGCUAUUCUCUGGUCCAUCAGCGUCUGGCUGAUACCCUACAACAGUGUCUACUCAACCACAAGGUUACCAGUGAGUGGUACUUUGCUCGCAGUCCCUUCCUGAAGUCUCACCUCAGCAGUGACAUCAUCAGUCACCUGUAUGUUCUCAACGAGGUCCAGUUUGACGUGGCAUCCAGAGGUCACGACCUCGAUGCUGAUUGGCCCACAUUUGCCAGGAGGACUCUGGGGUCUAACUCCACCCACCUCUGGAAACCUCCCAGUCGUUGUUCCAGUGUCAACAGCCUGGUCAGCUACUCAGGAUUGCAGGAGUUCAAAGCUCAAGAAUACGGUUCCAGUUUGCUGGCUGACCUGGGGGAGGAGUUAGGGGAGCUGGGGGAGGAGCUACAUGGAGUCUCCACACCCUGCACUGCCGCAGACGACCUACGCAUCCUGGUUGACCAUUCAGAGCUCAGACAGAAGGAGCUGCUGCACCAAUCAGAGGCGAGACAGGCGAAAUUGUUACAGCGAGUCAGAGAGCUAGACCAGGAGGCAGAGGGGCUGAGGAACGAGGUCAGAGAGCUGCAGGGGAAGCUAUUGGCUCACAACCGGGAAGCUGUGACAGCCAACCUCAACAACAUUGAUCUGUUGUCUAAACUAGACAGCCAGGAGAAGGAGAGGGACUCAACGCUACAACAGACCCAGGUUCUGCAGGAGGGAGAGGAGAGGGGCGCAGCGCUACAACAGACCCAGGUUAUGCAGGAGGGAGAGGAGAGGGGCGCAGCGCUACAACCGACCCAGGUUCUGCAGGAGGGAGAGGAGAGGGGCGCAGCACUACAACCGACCCAGGUUCUGCAGGAGGGAGAGGAGAGGGGCGCAGCGCUACAACAGACUCAGGUUUUGCAGGAGGAGGAGAGGAAGGUGCACCAGAAGAGGGAGAUGCAGGAGGAGAGGGAGGUGCAGGAGUGGAAGGCGAUGGAGAAGCAGCUUCAGGAGUUGAGGAAGGAGCUGAGGUCCAGGGACAGAGAACUGACGGAGAGUAGAGAAAAGAUCAGACAAUUGGAGGAGAAGAACACUGACAGACUGACUGGGGCGGGGCAGGAGAGAGAGAAGGGAGAGAUGGAUGGAGAGAAGCUAGGGACAGAGAAAGAGACUGCAGAGUGUUCUCAUAGUAAUCUACAUAAGGCUGGUUCUGCAGAGGGACUGUCUAUGGAGAAGAACCAGCAUCUUUCCUCUAAGUCUGAGCCCCAGACCCAGCAGCUCUCCCCCUGUCCCCAGACCCAGCAGCUCUCCCCCUGUCCCCAGACCCAGCAGCUCUCCCCCUGUCCCCAGACCCAGCAGCUCUCCCCCUGUCCCCAGACCCAGCAGCUCUCCCCCUGUCCCCAGACCCAGCAGCUCCUCCACCCGGCUGUGUUGGUGGCCCAGCUGCAGCGGAGCCAGGGGGAAGUGCUACGUCUGCCAACGGAGGUUGUGGAGCUGAGAGCCCGGCUGCAGCUGGGAGUAGAGUUGCAGAUAAGGAGUCAGGUGGAGGGGCUCAACAGACAGCAGGUAGAGGAGCUGCUGCUGUCCCAGGAGAGGGAGGAGGCUCUGGGGCUGGAGCAGCGCCGCAAGGCUCAGGCUUCACAAGGCCUAGUCCUGGAGCUGGUCUCCGCCAGGGAGGAACUCCACAGCCUGAAGACACGCUACGAGGGUCUGGCCCUGGAGCAUGGAGACAUCCGGGAGGCCCUGGACCACGCCAACAGAGAGACAGCAGAGCUCGGGGUCCUCAUCUGCAGGCUCACUGCCCAGAAUGAGGAAGCGCGAGAGCGAUGGGAGGCGCUGUCCAACAGGUUUCAGGAGGAGCUGAACACCAGCAUGACCUCCCUGCAGCAGGAAAACCUCGACCUGCAGGAGCAGCUGCUGAAGGAGCGGGAGGAGAAGGGGAGGCUGGGGAAAGAAGAGCAAGGAAAGGUCAGGGCUCAGAAGGAGGCACAGCAGGAGGAGAUCCAGGCACUCCGCUAUCAGCUCAGCAACCAGACCAUAAACCACCAGACACAGUUACAGGUUCUGUCUGAAGAGCUGAAGACUGUGAGGUCUGAAGUGGAGGUGGAACAGGAGAAUAAUUUAUACCUGAAGACCAAACUGGAGGAGAUGGAGAGUGACAAGCAGGACUAUCAUCAACCUCUAGAGGACAACAUCAGUUGGAUCGCCACAUCACAGAAGCUAAUACAACAGAGAGAGGAGGAGAUGCAACACAACCUCACCAGGAGUGAAGAGAGCCUGGUUGUGUCUCAGAGGUCCUGUGAGGAGCUGAGGGAGGGACUACGGAAAGCCUGUCAGGACAAACAGAGCUAUGAGCUCCGGACCUCAGCUGAACUGGACGACCUCUACCGCACCAAAAUCAAUCUGGAGGAAAGACUCAUAGAACUCAUCAGGGAGAAGGAUGCCUUGUGGCAGAGGUCUGAUGCUCUGGAGUUUGAGCAGAAGUUGAGAGCGGAAGAGCAGACAAAGAGAGAUACCUGUAGCAAUACCUCUCAUUGUCUCUCCUGCAGCAGUCCAUUCAGCUGGUGGCUUCACAGACACACCUGCAGACUGUGUGGCCAUGGGUUCUGCUACUACUGCUGCAGUAACACCGUCAGCCUGAUGGAGGGGGGCGCCAGAGAGCGCUGCUGCUCAGUCUGCUACAGCCAGCACAGUGCUGUGGUAGAGCGCCAUCCUCAGGAAGACACCUGUACUGCACCACACACACCCUUCAACCCUCUGCCCCAACCUGACCUGGCAGUGCCAAGGGCAGAUGAUGGUGCAUAUGGCAUCAUAACAGAAGAGGAAGUUAAUUAUGAUUCCAACAGUGACUCUCUCUCCUUCACUGCCUGCUCUCCUCACACCAACCCCCAGGGGGCAGCAGAGCUCAACGGUGGUGCCAGUACAGCAGAAACCACAUCAGAGGACCUACCUAACCAGACUGGAGCUGUUCAGGAUGCAGAGAUCUGUCUGCUGAGGAGUGGAGAACUCACGUUGCAAGUUCCGUUCAGUGUGGAGGAGAUCAGUGUAUUUGGUGACGGUCUGAGGGAGCUGUUCAUCAGGUCUGGUUGUUACAGCUCCAUCCCCAUUACUGGGUCUACCCUUGGUGCUACCAUACACUGGCUGUUCACCUCACAACCCAAGAGCAUCUCAUUUAGUGUGCUGUACAGAGAGGACACACACACACCUCUGGAGGAGGCUAAGGUACUGAUCCCUCUGACUCGUUGUCAAUCCCACAAAGAGACCAUGACAGGAGAGCUGAUAGUCAGGAACACUGGAGAAUACACACUCAUCUUUGACAACUCCUUCUCCAGGUUCAUCUCUAAGAAGGUGUUGUAUCGUCUGAGUGUUGAGCACCCAGUGGUCUACGAUGGAACUCAUUGACAGUCUGGAGAGGAGAAGACUGUUCUGGUCCUUUAUCCGCAGUCUCUCUGUUCUCUUUCGAUGAGAGGGUGUUUGAAACAAAGGGACUGACUAAGAUGAGAAAAACUCUGUUCUCUUUUCGGCAUCUGGCUGUUGUUAUUAUAUAAGAGGGAGGUUUGGUUGUGUUGUUAAAGUAGAGUUGAAUGGACCCGGACAGACUGGAGAGUUGAAUGGACCCGGACAGACUGGAGAGUUGAAUGGACCCGGACAGACUGGAGAGUUGAAUGGACCCGGACAGACUGGAGAGUUGAAUGGACCCGGACAGAAUGGGGAGUUGAAUGGACCCGGACAGACUGAAGAGUUGAAUGGACCCGGACAGACUGGAGAGUUGUGACGUCAUGUAAAACAAGGAGUUGGAAUGUUCCUGCUGCUGUAUCAGGAGGUCUGGUCUGGUUUAGAAAAUGGUAGGCAGAGAAAGGUCAUAUGAAAACACUUGUAUGUUAUUGAUCAAAUUAAAGCAUGUUAAAUGUUUAAA